AUGGCCACCAACGGCAAUGAUGGAGACCAUGAGGAUGGUAGAUCCCACCACCUCGAGCACUCAGUCCACCAGCGGCUGAGGGCCAACUCGUCCAUAAUGCAACUCAAGAAAAUCCUCGUCGCCAACCGAGGCGAGAUCCCCAUUCGAAUCUUCAGAACGGCCCACGAGCUCUCGCUACAGACCGUGGCAGUUUACAGCUACGAGGAUCGACUGGGCAUGCAUAGACAGAAGGCGGACGAAGCUUACAUGAUCGGCAAGCGAGGCCAAUACACCCCGGUUGGUGCCUAUCUGGCUGGGGAGGAGAUCAUCAAGAUUGCUCUGGCACAUGGCGUUCAGAUGAUCCAUCCUGGCUACGGUUUUCUGUCUGAGAACUCCGAGUUCGCCCGCAAGGUCGAGGAAGCCGGCAUCAUCUUCGUGGGCCCCUCCUACCAGGUCAUUGAGUCGCUGGGAGACAAGGUGUCUGCUCGAAGAUUGGCCAUGAAGUGCGAUGUGCCCUGCGUGCCGGGAACCGAGGGUCCAGUGGCCAAGUUCGAGGAAGUCAAGGCAUUCACUGAUGAGUACGGCUUCCCCAUCAUCAUCAAAGCUGCGUUUGGUGGAGGUGGCCGUGGUAUGCGAGUCGUCAGAGACCAGGAAAGCCUCAAGGACGCCUUCGAGCGAGCUACCUCGGAAGCCAAGUCAGCUUUCGGCAACGGCACAGUCUUCGUGGAGCGCUUUUUGGACAGACCCAAGCACAUUGAAGUCCAACUGCUGGGCGACAACCACGGCAAUGUGGUUCACCUAUACGAACGAGACUGCAGCGUUCAGCGACGACACCAGAAAGUCGUGGAGCUUGCUCCUGCCAAAGAUCUACCCGCCGAAACGAGAGACGCCAUCCUAAACGACGCAGUCAAGCUCGCCAAGUCGGUCAACUACCGUAAUGCCGGUACUGCUGAGUUCCUGGUCGACCAGCAGAACCGAUAUUACUUCAUCGAAAUCAAUCCUCGAAUUCAAGUCGAGCACACCAUUACCGAGGAGAUCACAGGUAUCGAUAUUGUGGCGGCUCAGAUCCAGAUCGCUGCCGGUGCUUCCCUUGAGCAGCUGGGAUUGACCCAAGAUCGUAUCUCCACCCGUGGCUUUGCCAUUCAAUGCCGUAUCACAACCGAAGAUCCACAGCAUGGAUUUUCCCCAGACACGGGCAAGAUCGAGGUCUACCGAUCUGCAGGCGGCAACGGCGUUCGUCUUGACGGUGGUAACGGAUUUGCUGGGGCUAUUAUUACCCCUCAUUAUGAUUCCAUGUUGGUCAAAUGUACCUGCCAUGGCUCCACCUACGAGAUAGUCCGGAGAAAGAUGCUCCGGGCCCUGGUCGAAUUCCGCAUCCGUGGUGUCAAGACCAACAUUCCCUUCUUGGCCUCGCUUCUGACCCACCCUACGUUCAUCGAGGGCACCUGUUGGACGACUUUCAUUGACGAUACUCCCGAGCUGUUCAGGUUGAUUGGCAGUCAGAAUCGCGCUCAGAAAUUACUCCAGUACCUGGGUGAUCUCGCAGUCAACGGCAGUAGUAUCAAGGGCCAGAUCGGAGAGUCCAAGUUCAAGGGCGACAUCAUCUUUCCGACACUCCUUGACGAAAAUGGCAAGGAGAUCGACGUCGAGCAGCCAUGCACCAAAGGAUGGAAGUCCAUCAUCGAUAAAGAGGGCCCAGAAGGUUUUGCCAAAGCCGUACGGGCAAACAAAGGGUGCCUCCUCAUGGACACGACUUGGCGCGAUGCUCACCAGUCUCUGUUGGCCACUCGAGUCCGCACCGUUGAUUUGUGCAACAUUGCCAAACACACAAGUCAUGCGCUCGCCAACGCAUGGGCCCUGGAGAAUUGGGGUGGCGCUACCUUUGAUGUAGCAAUGCGCUUUUUGUACGAGGAUCCUUGGGACCGACUGCGUAAGAUGAGGAAGCUGGUGCCCAACAUUCCGUUCCAGAUGUUGCUCCGCGGGGCCAACGGCGUCGCCUACAAGUCGCUUCCCGACAACGCCAUAUAUCAUUUCUGCAAGCAAGCCAAGAAGAAUGGGAUGGAUAUCUUCCGCGUGUUUGAUGCUCUUAACGACAUCGAACAAUUGGAGGUCGGUAUGCGAGCCGUGCAAGAGGCCGGUGGUGUCGUUGAAGGAACGAUUUGCUACUCAGGUAAGUUUGAAGCCCGCUUGCUGCUGAACCCCAAGAAGAAGUAUAACCUGGAAUAUUAUAUGGACUUAGUGUCCAAGAUCGUGGACAUUGGCACUCACAUCCUUGGGAUCAAAGACAUGGCUGGCGUUCUGAAGCCCAAGGCUGCCCGUAUUCUCGUCGGUAGCAUCCGUGCCAAAUACCCAGAUCUGCCGAUACAUGUUCAUACGCACGACUCCGCUGGCACCGGCGUGGCGAGUAUGGUUGCCUGUGCUGAAGCAGGCGCCGAUGCUGUUGAUGCGGCGACAGACAGCAUGUCUGGUAUGACGAGCCAGCCAAGCAUUGGGGCUAUCCUUGCGUCGCUCGAGGGAACAGACUAUGAUCCAGGCUUGAAUGGCCACAACGUCCGAGCCCUCGAUCAGUACUGGUCUCAAUUGAGGCUCGUCUACUCGCCAUUCGAGGCUGGUCUGACUGGGCCGGACCCAGAAGUGUACGAACACGAGAUUCCCGGCGGACAGCUCACCAACUUGAUCUUCCAAGCAUCUCAACUUGGCCUUGGAUCUCAGUGGCUUGAAACCAAGAAGGCCUACGAACAAGCCAACGCUCUUCUCGGCGACAUUGUCAAGGUCACACCCACUUCCAAAGUCGUCGGUGACCUGGCACAAUUCAUGGUGUCGAACAAGCUCGACUACGACGGUGUCAUUGCCAAAGCCAAGGAACUUGACUUUCCGGAGUCUGUGUUGGAGUUCUUUGAGGGCUACAUGGGCCAGCCGUACGGCGGGUUCCCUGAACCGCUACGAAGUAAUGUCCUCCGCGGUCGACGCAAGAUGACAAAGAGGCCCGGCCUUUACCUCGACCCCAUCGACUUUGCAAAAGUCCGUCAGGAAUUGAAGGAGAAAUACAACACCACCGCGGAAACAGAUAUCGCCAGUUAUGUCAUGUACUCAAAGGUCUUCGAGGACUACCGCAAGUUCCUGGACAAGUAUGGGGAUCUCUCGGUGCUGCCGACCAAGUAUUUCUUGAACAGGCCGGAAAUCGGCGAAGAAUUCCACGUCGAGCUGGAGAAAGGGAAGGUCCUGAUCAUGAAGUUGCUGGCGGUGGGACCGCUGUCAGAGGCUACCGGUCAACGUGAAGUCUUUUACGAGGUCAAUGGCGAAGUCCGACAGGUCACGAUUGACGACAACAAGGCCGCCGUGGAGAACACAUCUCGCCCCAAGGCCGAUCCGGGUGAUAGCAGCCAGGUUGGUGCACCUAUGGCCGGUGUGGUGGUAGAAGUCAGGGCAAAGGAAGGGAACGACAUCAAAAAGGGCGACCCGAUUGCGGUGUUGAGUGCCAUGAAGAUGGAAAUGGUCAUCAGCGCUCCACAUUCCGGAAAGGUCGGGGAGCUCCUCGUCAAGGAAGGCGACUCUGUCGCUGGUUCCGACCUGGUCUGCAAGAUCGCAAAGGCAUGA